AUGUUUUCCAAGAUAGCAGAUCGCUUGCUUAAAGGCACAGGCCUUUCACGAAACGCAUCAUGCAUUCUUACCGUGAGACAAAGGGUCGGCUCACUUGCGGAUAUCAAGUACGACCUCGAAAUAAUCCUCAGCCUGAGAAGACCAGAGGGUUACUUAUCAGUUGAAAAGAAAAGGAGGUAUUGUACCAGGUAUGAAAGACUUUUCGGAACCCUGGAUCCUGUCCGAGGCCACAAUAUCGUUUCUAUACGCAGACCCCAGGCGACAGUUGACUGGGCAAUGGUUUCCGAGUGGCUGAAAGAUUGCCAAAACAGGUGCUGCCAUGUCAAGCCUGAAAACACACUUACAAGUGAAUUCCGAGUGAUUGAUGUCAGAAAGAGGUGUAUCGCGCUGGUUCCCACCCCCUGUGAAUAUGCAGCUUUGAGCUACGUUUGGGGAGCUGCAAGUGCUCAAUUGCAGGCAACAACAGAGAAUAUCCACCGUCUGAGUGCGGAUGGCUCUCUGAGCAGCGAUCUCUUGCCACAGGUCAUCGAGGAUGCAAUUUUUGCAUGCAGCGCUCUAGGCAUCGAUUAUAUUUGGGUUGAUCGGCUUUGUAUCUUGCAGGACGAGGAGCCUCGCAAGAAGGAUCGAUUUUUGAAUGCCAUGGGGGAGAUAUACAGCCACUCAUCUCUCACUUUGGUCGCUCUCGAUGGGUCUGAUGCCGACCAUGGCCUGACAGGAGUUGGCAAAGUGCAGCGACCUGCGUACUGGACGAGACAGUGGCAGGGAAUUCAUCUCAUCAGCGAAUUUCACGGUUAUCAUGAGUUCUUCCGGCAGUCCAAAUGGGCAUCUAGGGGUUGGACUCUUCAAGAGGCAUUUUUCUCACCAAGGUUGCUGUUCUUCUCUGAUACCAGGGUUUUCUAUGAAUGCCGCCAUAGAGAAGAAAUCCAAGACGAGAUUGAAGGGACGGUUCCCAAAUUGAGAGAUCUCUGGAGAUUGAAAGACUCUUACAGUAAAGUGGUGCGGGAGCUCACUCAGAGGGAUCUGACUUUCGAAUCCGACAUACUGCAUGCAUUCAAAGGGAUUCUACAUACGAGAUGGGGAUCCGGCUAUUAUGGUCUCCCUCUGAAUAUCUUCAGUGAUGCAAUACUCUGGACCGUCGAUAGUGAUUCUAAGUCCCCAGUGUCUUCAACUCCCGCCACCUAUGAACUUUGGUUGCCGGGUUACGACUGGACGGUCACAAUCAACGAACAUGUGGCAAGGCACGCACCCCUGGGGGACGUAUUUCCCUCAUGGUCGUGGUCUUCCAUCAACGGUGUCAUCACUGGUAAUUACACAUGCCACUUCGCUGAGUGGACUAAAGCGCGGACAUCACUCGCAGUAUGGGCGAUCCCAUCCACUUUUAACGGUCGACCGAGUAUACAGCCUCUCUCGAAUGCUGCAGGCGAGCCAGAAGUGUUUGACGAACGGGAGGAGUUUAAAUCACCCAAUGAGCGCGAUGAACAAGAAAUGAUAGACCUUGAAACCCGUUCACGUGUAGAUCAUUCGGUACAACUCCAUCUUGGAUAUCGCUCAAAAGAAUAUGUCUUGGCGCGACUUGCGGCUGUCCUGGCAUGGAAAUCCGGUUGCUUCUCGGGAUGUCUGCCGACUAUACUCGACAUUGAUGGUACAUGGGAGGACUAUGAGAAGCUCGUUUCUAGCAACUGGCGCUCGCUCGCGCAGUUAUGUGACGAGGCCCAUUGUAUGCCGAACGGCACAAUGUCUGAACAAGAUGUGGAAGCAAGGUUCCCUUUUGAGAUGUGGUCCAAAUGCCCAGUCGGAUCGAUCUUUGUCUACACCCAAUCGCUCCAUCUCGAUCUGAUCCUCAUGGAAAACGACACAAGGCUUCACGUUAAAGCAGGCGAGUUGGUCCCUAACUUGGUGCUCGGAUCAGUCAACAUGGAACGCAUCAAACGUGCUCGUCAUCAGAGUCCCCAGGCUGUCUUUGAUGUGUUGGCUCUCUCUAUUAGACCCAGCUUUUUGGAGGAUGGUGCAAAUGAUGAAGACAAUUGGUACGAUUCUACAGGGACUGAGCUUUGUUACCUUCACCCGGACCCUAUCGUAGUGGAGCUUAUGGUUGUUGAGACGGAGAAUGGCAUCAGUCGACGUGUCGCACUGGCAUGGACCUUUUUGAAGCCUUGGAUAAGAGAACGGCCUCGAUUCCAUACAUUUCACUUGGUUUGA